CGCUCGGUUUGAAUGUCUUUGGGCGGGAAGCGGCCGCGCCGCCGCCAUCUUGUGAAGCGCCGCUGUGUUUGUGCGCUCCGAGCGGGCUCUCGGCUGGUCGGGCGGGCGGGCGGUCGGUCGGUCGGUCGGGCCGCGGAGGCGAAGUCAGCCGCACGCCGGGGGCUGCGGUUCGUGCUCUUACUUUCAACCAUUUAUGGUCUGGUGCUGAAAGCAAAAACACAAGAUGUUCUACGCUCACUUUGUGUUGAGUAAACGUGGGCCGCUUGCCAAAAUUUGGCUUGCAGCCCACUGGGACAAGAAGCUCACGAAAGCCCAUGUAUUUGAAUGUAAUCUGGAGAGCAGCGUGGAAAGCAUAAUUUCCCCCAAGGUCAAGAUGGCUUUGCGAACCUCUGGGCACCUUUUGCUUGGUGUGGUAAGGAUUUAUCAUAGAAAAGCCAAGUAUCUUUUGGCCGACUGCAAUGAAGCCUUCAUAAAGAUUAAAAUGGCUUUCCGACCAGGUGUGGUCGAUCUUCCAGAAGAAAACCGGGAAGCUGCAUACAACGCUAUCACUUUGCCUGAGGAAUUUCAUGAUUUUGAUCAACCAUUACCUGACCUAGAUGAUAUCGACGUGGCUCAACAGUUUACGCUGAACCAGAGUAGAGUGGAAGAAAUCACAAUGAGAGAGGAAGUGGGCAACAUCACUAUAAUUCAGGAUAAUGACUUUGGUGAUUUUGGAGUUGAUGACCGUGAGAUUAUGCGAGAAGGAAGCACAUUUGAAGAAGAUAUAAUGGGAAGCACUAGCGAUUCCAAUCUGUUGUUGGACCCAGUGCAGAACACCACAGCUCAGCUUGCUGAGAAAACCAAUCAUCUGGUAUAUGAUGAUCCCCUCAAAAAUGAUGGAUUUGGAGAUGGUAUUGAUGGUGGAAUUCUUGAUGAUAAGCUUUUAAGUCAUAACGAUGGCGGUAUCUUUGAUGACCCACCUGUGUUAACGGAUGGAGGAGUAUUGAUGCCAGAACCUGUUUGUAAUGAUGAUGAGGAUGAUGUCAUGUCCAUGGGUGCACCUGAUAGUCCAGGCUCCGAUGACCCUGUUGAACCUAUGCCAACAAUGACUGAUCAGACGACCUUAGUACCAAAUGAAGAGGAAGCAUUUGCAUUGGAACCAAUAGAUAUAACUGUUAAGGAAACAAAAGCCAAGAGGAAGAGGAAGCUGAUUGUAGACAGUGUUAAAGAACUGGACAGCAAAACUAUUCGGGCACAGCUAAGCGAUUACUCUGACAUUGUAACUACGUUGGAUCUUGCACCACCCACCAAGAAACUUAUGCUCUGGAAAGAGACUGGUGGUGUGGAGAAGCUGUUCUCGCUUCCAGCUCAACCUCUCUGGAAUAGCAGGCUGUUGAAACUGUUCACACGUUGCCUCACACCAAUUGUCCCAGAUGAACUGCGAAAAAAGAGAAAGGGAGGUGAAGCAGACAAUUUGGAACAAUUCCUGAAAGAGAUUGAAAAUCCAGAAGUCCCAAGGGAGGAGCAACAUCCACAACUGCAGCAGCGUGAUAUAAUUGGUGAACCCAUCUUGGAGGAGCCCAGUCACUUGCAAGAAUCUAUAUUAGAAAGCAGUAGGACUGCACUAGAUGAGUCAAUUAUGCCACCACCACAGAGAGUUUCCAAGCGCAAAUCAAAGGAAAUGGAAACUGAGCCUCCAUUACCUCAAGAAGAGCAACAACAGCCACAGCAUCAAAAGCAGGAAUUGCAAAUUCCACCUGUAGAGUGCCUCCCUGAGGAGCAAAUGCACAUCACUGACCUUGUCCCAGAACUUGCAGAUCUGCAAGAGAAAAAGAAAGAUGAAGACGAGGAAGAGGAAGAGGAAACAGUAGGAGGUGAUCAGGAUCAGGAAGAAAGGCGGUGGAAUAAGAGAACUCAACAAAUGCUUCAUGGUCUACAGAGAGUUUUGGCUAAAACGGGAGCUGAAUCUAUUAGCCUGGCAGAUCUAUGUCGGAAAAAUAACCGAAAACAAGCGGCUGCAAAAUUCUACAGUUUCUUGGUACUGAAGAAGCAACAGGCAAUUGAACUUGCGCAGACUGAACCUUACAGUGACAUUAUAGCAACACCAGGACCCAGAUUCAAUAUUGUCUGAUUGAUCUUAAAGGGCUAGUGUUUAUUCACUAGAUAUGUAUUGCCCCAAAUGGGGAACAGAUACCAUUACAACUCUUUGAUAUGAUGGUUUUAAUGUAUAUUGACUAUUGAAAGAUUAUUUUGAUCAGAGAACUCCAUUUUUUGGGGAUAGGUGUGUUAUUCCAGUGUUUAUGGCAAAUAUAAAUAAUUCUCACUCCUUGUCAGGUUUUAUACU